AUGAAACAACUUAAAGUAUGUUUAAUAGGAGAUUCUGGUGUUGGGAAAACAAGCCUUCUUUCUCGUUUUAUUAACAAUACAUUUUCACCAACAACUGAAUCUACUGUUGGUGCUAAUUUUUUUAUUCAUGAAUUUCAUGUUGAUGGGAAAAUAACACAAGUUGCUUUAUGGGAUACAGCAAGUCAAGAACGAUAUCGUUCAUUAGUAACAAUGUAUUACAGAAAUACAAACGGUUGUUUAAUUGUUUUUGGUUUAGAUAAUCGGGAUAGUUUUUAUAAUAUCAAAACAUGGUAUAACAAUCUUAUUCAUACAGUUGGUACGGAUGUUGCUAUUAUUAUUGUUGGAAAUAAAAACGAUUUACCUGAAACCUCUAUCACAGAACAGGAAAUAAAAGCUUUAGCUAAUGAAUUACAUUGUUCUUGGUGUCUUGUUUCUGCUAAAACUGGUGAAGGUGUUUCAAAUGCUUUUGAAAGUAUUGCCAGUAUGUUACAUAUUACAAAAGACGAAGAAAGUGAUGAACAACCACAACAUAAUUUAAACAAUUCAUCAUCACAAAAUAUAUGUUGUUAA